AUGACCGCCGUCACAUUCUCUCAUAGCGCGUACACCUCUGGGCAGUACCCGACCGCAUCUUCCUCAUCUAAGUCUGUCUCGUCGCCGACUCCCCGCCACGAUACCUCGAUACCCGAUUUGAAUAUUCCCACUCCACAAAACGGUUACCAGACCCCAACGACCAACACAUCCACUACUAAUGGUACCUCUUCCGCUAUGCCUUCACGACUAGGCUCGAGCGGCCCGACCUACGCGGUACGACCUCCCGAACCAGCGAAAGGCCGUCCGCGCACGGCAACUGACGAAAGAGAAUCCGUCGAACUCGAUCGACGUCCCGUGACGGCCCCCGGGAACAAGCAACAUGUUGUCAUUGCGACCUCCCACGAUGACUCCGACCACGAUCGUCCUAAGAAAGUAGUUACCAAGCCUCCGUUGUUAAGGUCCAAGAGCGAGCAUAUUGUUAGACGGGAAGAUGCAGAUCAGGCGGACGAUGAGAUAUACGAAUGGGGCGCACGGCAUGGGUUUGAGGACCAUUAUCAGUCUGAAGAUAUUAUUUCCCAACUAGCAAGUAACUGGUACUUUUUCUUCACUGAAAAGCGACAUGAGACCACCGGGCAACCAGAAUCCCCCAACUAUGCGAUCGAGGACUGGCGUAUGCGAGAUAGGUUAAAAACCGUUUCAGCUGCGUUAGCUGUCUGCCUUAAUAUUGGUGUUGAACCCCCCGAUCAACUCAAGACGAACCCAGGAGCCAAACUUGAAGCAUGGCAAGAUCCAUUUGUGCCUCCAUCUGCGAAGGCACUAGAAACAAUUGGGAAGUCCCUACAGGCCCAGUACGAAAAUAUCUCGUUGCGAACUAGGUACAAGCAAUACUUAGACCCUUCGGUAGAAGAGACAAAAAGAUUUUGUCAGUCCCUACGGAGGAAUGCUAAGGAUGAGCGUGUUCUACUUCACUACAAUGGCCAUGGUGUCCCAAAGCCAACAGCAUCCGGUGAAAUUUGGGUGUUUAAUAAGACCUUCACCCAAUACAUUCCUAUCUCCUUAUACGAUCUACAACAUUGGCUGCAGGCGCCUACUAUCUUCGUCUGGGACUGUUCUGAAGCUGGGAACAUCCUGAAUAACUAUCAUCGGUUCGUGGAAAAGCAUGAAGAAGAAGAGGAAGCUACUGCAGCGCAGGACCCGAACUACGAAAAGACCAAAUACCGCUCAUAUCUCCACCUUGCAGCUUGUGCUGUUAAAGAGAAUCUCCCUACCAACCCUCGUCUUCCAGCCGACCUCUUCACUGCAUGCUUGACAACCCCUAUAGAGAUGGCGCUAUGGUUUUUCGUCUUACAGAAUCCCCUUAAGACAAGUAUCUCACCAGAACGAGCCAAGAAACUACCCGGUCGUCUGCAGGAACGUAGGACACCUCUCGGGGAGCUAAACUGGAUAUUCACAGCAAUCACUGACACCAUCGCAUGGACUUCUCUACCCCGACAGUUAUUCCGUAAAUUCUUCCGACAAGACCUCAUGGUUGCUGCGCUUUUCCGCAAUUUUAUCUUAGCGCAGAGAAUUAUGAUGGUCUAUGGUUGUCAUCCACAAUCAUACCCGGAAUUACCCGAUACUCAUCAGCAUCCACUCUGGGAAAGCUGGGACUUGGCUGUUGAUUUGGCAUUGGCACAAUUACCCAUGAUGGAGCGAAAAGAGACAGAAGGAAUUGAAUACGAGUAUCAGAGUUCGACCUUUUUCGCGGAGCAGUUAACCGCUUUCGAAAUCUACCUUACCCGCGGAGACGCCAUGCAAAAGAAGCCUCCCGAGCAGCUUCCCGUUGUACUCCAGGUUUUGCUUAGCCAGCAGCAUCGAGUACGCGCCCUUAUCUUGCUUGGUAAAUUCUUGGAUUUGGGUCCCUGGGCCGUUCAUCUGGCUCUUAGCAUCGGUAUCUUUCCGUACGUAUUGAAGCUACUGCAGUCCGCCGCUGCUGAGCUGAAACCGGUCAUGGUAUUCAUCUGGACACGAGUUCUAGCCGUGGAUGUCUCAUGCCAGCCAGACUUAAUUAAGGAUAGUGGCUAUAACUACUUCACCUCCAUACUCAACCCAACCGAAACUCUCCCCGUUCCCAACACCGACGAGCAUAAGGCGAUGUGUGCUUUCGUACUCGCCAUGCUGUGCAAAGGUUAUCGACCUGGCCAGGCUGUGUGUAAUCAAUCGCACACCAUGACGUUCUGUCUAUUGCACCUCAGGAACGAGGACAAUGUGCUGUUACGGCAGUGGGCGUGCCUCUGUAUCAGUCAGUUAUGGCAGGAUCUGCCUGAGGCAAAGUGGCGAGGCAUCAGGGAGAAUGCGCCGAUGAAGCUAUCGAGUCUAACGAAGGACCAGGCCUGUGAAGUACGAGCAGCAGUUGUACACGCCAUGACGACAUUCUUAGGCAUUCCAGAUCUCACGGAUGAAGUGGCCAGGAUUGAAGAGUCUAUAGCGUGGACAUUGUUAGACAUGGUCAACGACGGCAGCCCCCUAGUUCGCAAAGAGUUGCUCGUUUUCAUAUCCCAUUUCGUCCUUCGUUACGAGAAUAAAUUCAUUGUCGCUGCUUAUGAGCAGCUAGUCGAGGAGAAAGAGUAUUUACAUUACCCCCCAUCGGAUGAUGGCCUCGAGCACAAGAUGGGCUUACAUUAUGCCCGGCCCGAAAAUCGUAACUCGGAUGGAACGAUUAAACCCACAGCCCAGGGUUUAUCCUCCAAUACGGUCUUCGCGGCCUGUUGGAAACACAUCCUAAUUCUAAACGUGGACCCCCACCCCGAGGUUCAGCGAGACGCAACGAUCAUCGUUGACUACGUUCACAACGCGCUUCUAUCAUCCCCCGCGGGUUUCCAGGCUCAGAACCUUAUGGACGAGAUCCAAAAGCGCGCGCGACGGUCUCGUGGUCACAAGAAACAGUCAUCGAUUGCACGAAACGGCGUAACAGGACCAUCCGCCUCCGAUAUCGUCACACCAGAGCCUUCGCCCGGUCUUCUCAAGCGAACCGCAAGCUUGCUAUUUCAGUUGCCAAGCAUGUGGGGCGGAGAAGAUAAAUCGGCAAAUUCCACACCAUUGCCUUCUCCCGGGCUUAUGAGAAGUUACUCCCAGCGACCCCGAUCUACUGCAGACUGGGGCGCUCCGCCUGAGCAAAUUGACCAGGCCAAUGCACCAGCACAUUAUCACGUAGCCGAUGAACCCGUCUCUGGAAAGUUCAAAGCACGCCCCCUUGACCAGGCUCCUACUCUACCAAUUCCCAGCACAUUUUUGGACUGGUCAAUUGAGUAUUUCCGCGAACCGCAAAUGCAUCCCAGCGAAGCCGAAGAACCAGGAAGUACCGAGUAUAACGAGCGUCUAUGGAGAAGAUCGCGAAAUGAGAAUAUUCUUCGCGAAACCCAACCACAAAAGCAAUAUGCUGGCAGCAACAGGUGGAAUAACCAGCUAUGUAUUAUGAAUAAUGGUGCUCAGCCGGCAAAGAUGACCUUCCACCAAUUUGAAGACCACCUAGCAGUCGCAGACGAUGGAAAUACCGUCUAUAUCUGGGAUUGGAAGAGGCAAAGCAGAUUAAAUCGAUUUUCGAACGGAAAUCCCGAAGGGUCGAAAAUCAGCGAUAUGACGUUCAUUAACGAAGAUGAUACGUCGUUCUUAAUGACGGGUUCAUCGGAUGGUGUACUCCGAGUCUAUCGGAACUAUGAUUCCCCUAAGAAGACCGAGUUAGCCACGGCGUGGAGAGCGCUCACUCAUAUGGUUCCUAGCAAUGUCAACUCCGGUAUGGUCUUUGACUGGCAACAGGUAACGGGCAAUGUGCUUGUUGCAGGAGAUGUUCGAGUUAUUCGCCUCUGGGCUGCCGCAUACGAGACGUGCAUUAUGGAUAUACCUGCGCGUUCAGGAUCUUGCGUCACAUCUUUAACGUCGGACCAAAUGACUGGUAAUAUCUUCGUGGCAGGAUUUGGGGACGGUGCUGUUAGAGUGUUUGACACUCGACUUCGACCACAGGAAUCCAUGGUCAAGAAGUGGAAGGAUGAUUCUGAUCGACAAUGGAUUAGAGAUGUGCACAUGCAACGCGGAGGCCAACGCGAAUUGCUCUCUGCAAGCCGAAACGGAAAAGUGAAGCUGUGGGAUAUUCGGGCGGACCAACCUCUCCGUGUCAUCCAAGCGACACGUGAUACUCUCCGAACAGCAAGUACUCACGAACAUCUCCCAGUAUUCUCUGUUGGAACAUCCGCACAUACAGUAAAAGUCUUUAACUUCGACGGUCGCGAAUUAUCCCGUAUGGAACCAUACUCCAGCUUCUUGCAGCAAAACCGUGGCGCACCCAUCUCCGCUACUGCAUUCCACCCCCACCGUAUGAUUCUAGGUUGCGCAGCACGAGGCGACCAGCACACCAACCUCUUCACUUGCGCCAAGGAAAAACCCGAAGCUUUUCUAAAUUCGAUAUAA